AUGUGGCAAAACCGCGCCGCCAAGGACCAAUUCAAAAGGGUCCCGUUCACGGCUACGAUUUCUGCAGCUUCUUCCGUUUCUCCUGGCGUCACGACAGAGCUUCCUGCGGCAGCGCAAGCGGCGACCGACGUACCAGACGUUCUAUUGAUGGACAAUGAUCUCGGACACCUGGACGCAGUCAAGGCGGCGCAGAGUCAGAACGAGGAGGCUGAAGCGCACUCCGGCGAAGACCAGGAAGUGAAUACGCGGGAUCUAGGGAUGGCGCCGCAACAAUCGGAAGUGCAUUUCCACGUCCAGACGGCUUGGAGUGCGUUCGUGUCUGCGCUCGCGGCUGAUGACGUGGCGUCGGCAUCGUCUAUCCUGUUUGAUCCUGAAGCUGCGAUGCUCAUGGCUCCUGGUGCCGAAAGCGUGACUCUUGUGACGGAACAAGAGAAGGCGAACCUGCUCAAUGAAUUCAAGGCGUCACACCUGUCGCUAUCCGUUAUCGUGGGGGAAGUAGAAGUUCUGCAAGUUGAAGGCUCAAAGUCGUUCGCCGCUCUCGCGCGAUCGACCUACAGCAUUGCAGACGCCCAAGGUGUGGAGGUUGAGCACGGAAAGAGGGUGGAGCUAUGGCGCCCAAGUGGUACUAAUGGGGGAGGGUGGCAUCUCGUAUGGUCCAUGUGGAACGAUAACGGCCCAGUGCUGAGUAGGGAAGAGGCCAUGGCUGCUUACCAGAACGAUAAAUUUGUCCAUCAAGAUGACCCCGUGACCUCCAACUUCUAA